AUGGACAGCCCAAUUUGUAAUGUUCAAUUGAUCAGCAUCAAAAUUACAUUGGACCAUAAUCACAUUGAGGAUACAAAUAAUUUAAGAAACUCUAUUGCUAAUGAUAGGUUAACUCCACGUCCAGACUUCCCAUUAGGUGGAGUUGUGCUGGAUGUGGCAGAGAGAGACCUGACUGGUAUUGUCACCCGGGUGGUGGACCACAUGAUCGCCAGCCACCAGAUCCCCGCCGACCAGCGGGACCAAGUUAUCACAAUCCUCCUGAGAAAACGCAUCUUGUCCUUAGUAAAUGACAGCAUUUUCAGUCGUAUCAAUAGUGCUGAUGACCUUAAUAGUGGUGUAUCCACUAGCAGUGCUUCCAGGUAUAACUUAACUGGCGAGUCAGCCACUUACAUCCGCUACGCUUCUUCCACUGAGGAAAUUGAAAUUGAUGAUAUCAAGAACAAUGACGCUGCGCAAGAAGAAUUAACAGUGAUGUUGGCUGGAAGUUUGAACUUCCUUGCGAAUCCCAUCCUCGUCUUCGUCAGACUGUCUGAAAGAAUCUUGCUGCAAGAUUUUAUUGAGGUUUCAGUGCCUGUGAAGUUCAUAUUUGUCCUCCUUGGUUCUUUCCAAGAUGAAAAGGACUACCAUGAGAUUUCUCGUUCUAUCUUCACACUAAUGGCCAAUAAAGCGUUCCUCGAGACAGCUUACACUGCUAACUCCCUUGGCCAACUAAUUUCUGCUGCUAAUUAUGUUUUGCCUCGUGCCACCUGCACACAUGACAUAACAAGUGAAAGCAUCUCAAGUGGAAGUGCUCAACAGGAACAAGGAUUAUCGACUGGAAGUGAUGGCGGGAACAAAAAACGGAAUCCUCUAAUUCGCGCAGGAAAGCCUUUCUAUGGUCUUUAUCUGGACAUUAAGGAACGCUACCCUAUGUAUCUCUCGGACAUUGUAGAUGGCUUCAAUAUACAAGUGUUGGCUGCAACCAUCUUCAUAUUUUUUGCUUUCCUCUCAACUGCCAUUACCUUUGGUGGCAUGUAUGGCGACUUCACACAUAACUACAUUGGAGUCGGAGAAUGUUUGCUGCUGUCAUCUGUGAAUGGUGCCAUCGUUGCCAUGUUUGCUGCCCAGCCCAUUCUCAUGAUUGGCUCGACAGGUCCUCUUAUGGUUUUUGAUAAAAGUCUGUACCAAUUCACCCAGAAAUAUGAACUUGAUUUCCUGUCCAUGAGAGUGUGGAUUGGCAUGUGGAUGCUGGUCAUUGGGAUAAUAUUUACCGCUUUUGAAGCUGCUGUCAUCAUGAGAAAGUUCACAAGGUUUAUGGAAGAGAUCUUCGCGUCGCUCAUCUGUCUUAUCUUCGUCUACGAGGCAAUUACGAAGAUGGUGGCUAUUUUCCAUUUUCAUCCACUCUUGGAAGUGUAUAGCUGUGGAAAUGAUACUUUACACGCCAAUUUCAGACCGGAUGGGGAAUUUAACGACACAGAUGUGUGGCUGAACACCACUGGCAGAGACGUACCAACACCGGCAAGAGUCUCCCCUCAGCCCAACACCGCUCUCCUCUCCCUCAUCCUCAUGCUGGGAACCUUCACCGUCGCCACACAGCUCAAGAAGUUCCGUAACUCAAAGUUCUUCGGAAGAAGUGUCCGCAGAGCUCUUGGAGAUUUUGGUGUACCUAUCGCAAUUAUUCUCAUGGUGCUGUUGGACUUCCUCAUAAAGGACACAUUCACUGACAAGCUGACAAUGCCUGAAGGCCUACAGCCUUCCAGCCCUGACAUCCGCGGCUGGAUAAUUAACCCGCUUGGGCAGGUGAAGCCGCUACCAGUGUGGUGCAUGUUCGCUGCGGCGCCCGCAGCCCUCCUCAUCUUCUUCCUGGUCUUCCUUGAAGGAAGCAUCUGCCAUUUAAUAUUGAGUAAACCAGAGCGCAAGAUGGUAAAAGGAACAGGCUUCCACUUAGACCUUGUACUGUCGUGCUUCAUCAACCUGAUGUCUGGCCUCUUCGGGGCUCCCUUCAUGGGCCCGGCGUGUAUCAGGACUGUGGCUCACGUCGCCGCCCUCACCGUUACCAGCCCUGCUCGCUCUCCUGGACAACCGCCUCAGGUGGAAGGUGUCAGAGAGCAGCGACUAAGUGGUCUCGCGGUGGCAAUUUUGGUUGGAUUGGCUGUUCUGUUCCCAGACGUGGUGAACCUGGUGCCAAAGGCAGUGUUGCUUGGCGUCUUCCUCUACAUGGGUAUUGCCGCCACUGCUGGCAUUCAUUUCCUGGAGCGACUGGUUCUCAUAUUUAUGCCAGUCAAAUACCACCCUGAUACACCCUUCGUUAAGAAGGUUCGCACAGUGAAGAUGCACAUGUUCACGAUAGUGCAGCUGAUAAUGCUUGGUGUUUUGUGGAGUGUGAAGGAGUCGUCAGUCGCUCUCGCUCUGCCCUUCGUCCUAAGUCUGCUGGUCCCGCUCAGACUCUACUUCCUACCCAUAAUUUUCUCUAAAUCCGAACUGAAUGCUCUUGAUGGGUCAGAAGCCAUGGAGAACGACAACACUGACGAGCCGGACUUCUACGAGGCUCUCCACGCGCUCCCGUCACACGCCAGCCUCAAUCUUCCGCGCCUCUGA